CGAUUGGUUAAAUGUUUUACAGAAAGUCUUCCUUGUUCCUUGUUUAAAGUAUAUAUAAUAUGUUGCUUGCAGAAUGCAACAUUCAGACUUUUGGCUUUGUUCAAGACUUUCAUAACUGGAUAACAGAAAAACAUAAGUCGUGAAAGAAUCAACAAUGAAACUUUCUCUCAUCUCUGGAUUUCUGAUUGUGUUUGCGGCAACAUCUUGUGGCGCUGCAGAGGACACAACCGAGAGCCAACAUAUAAAAAGCGACACAGGAAAAGAACUCACUCUGAAUAUCGUUCAUAAACAAUCAGAAGAAGACAUUGAUGUGAUUGAUGACAAUGGAGCACCUGUGAUUAAAGUCGAAAUCAUGGAGGAGCAUGGAUAUCAAAUUGACAAGCCAGCCAAUGAAAAAGUUUGUCUCCUGUCUCAGCUAGAAGAGUUUGAGAAUAAAUCUCUCUGUUACGACAGAAUGGAGUUUCCUCCUUCGAACACAUCACAAACAAUACUUGAUCACUGCGAGGGUCGACCAGUAUAUGUUCUUGUGGCAAGAAACUGUAGUGGUGAAGAAAUAGUACAGGAUGUGGCUCCAGCAUCAUCAGAUGACGAAGGUGAAACAAGGGUAAAGAGAAGCUGGCGAUGUUACUGGACAGGCUACUACUCUCUCAGAUUAGUAAAAGUUACUCGGUGUUGUGGGCGGUACUUCUUUUUCUGCUCUAGAAGGUGUUUUGUAAGAUUCGAAUGGCGAUUGGUGUUUAUAAAACUAUAUCGGUGCUCAUUUUCUUGGUAAACUUUCGCCAAAUAUAUACAUGCAAUCUGCUCUAAAAACGUAAUGGACUAAGUAUUUUCAUCGUAUUUUUAAAGUGCACUUUAAUGUUUUUAUACCCUGUAUAUAAACUGAUAUAGAAUAUAGUAACCAUUUUUUGUUUACAUGUCCGAAAUAUCAAAAUGAAAGAAUUCGUCUUUUUAAUGAAUUAAGAUAAUUUCAUCCUCUAAAAAUUCUAGUUACUUCUAGUUCACAAAUUAGAAUUGUCUAAAGAAAAAAUAAUAAUGAAACAAUUUUGACUGUUCAGUAUUUCACGUAAGUAAGCAAACGCUUUUGAAAUUGAAAUCAAACCAGCACAAUCUUAAUAGAUAUGCAUUCAUUUUUAUUUCAUUAUGCAAAACAACAGUGAUAUUUUGUUUCUUCUUUCUUGAUUUUUAUAUUAUUUUAUUUUCUUAAUAGCUAGUUGCCAAUACUAUUCAAACUAGAAAUCACAUAUAACCAAUCAUAUUUUUAUUUUAGUGCGUACGUGCGUGUGUGUGUGUGAUUACUUUAUUUCACUGCUAGCAAUUCUUGUAAGAUAUGUUAUUGUAACUAACUGCAUUCGGAAAAUCCGUUGCUAAUGUUUAAAGAAGCUAAGGAGCAACCAUGUUGCCAAAUAUGUUGUACAAUUGUAUUGUAACUGUUUUAACAUGCUUGAUGUUUUCUCUCUUUUUAUUUGGCAAUGAAAUCAAAUCACAUAAAUUAAAAUAACAAUUUUGAAAAGUGUGUCAUAUUGUAAUACUGAUAUAGAUUAAUUGCAUAUACAGUUAUUAUACCGACAGGAUAGUUAUUAAAGAUGCUUAAAGCUUAAAAAAUGUUUGUCUUGUUUUAUAUAUUAGCCACGUCGUGACAAAACCAACAUAGUGCGUUUGCGACCAGCAUGGAUGCUGAUCAACCUGUGCAUCCAUGCUGUUUGCUUACCAACUCUAUUACAAGUAGAGAAACUGAUAGCGAACAGCAUGAAUCCUGAUCAGACUGCGCGAAUGCAUGGAUCCAUGCUGGUUGCAAACGCACUAUGCUGGUUUUGUCAUGACACGGCUCAUAUUACUUCAUCCCUUCUAAGUUAUAUUUUUAAACUUAAAUGUGUUAUAAAUGUAUUACAAAAUAUCACACAAUAAUGCAUUGAACCAUCUUUGUAUGCGUAGCAAAAUGAAAGUGUCUAUAUAUGUAUAUAAAGAGUGUUUGUUUGUAUGGACCUAGAAUUAAAUAAAACGGUGUUUCUAUUUCUAUCAAAUUAAGUAAAUUAACAUAUACCUUACUGUCAGAAGAAAUGUAUAUCUAUUAAUCUAACCCAAUAAACGUAUUAGAUCCGUAAGUUUUAAUAUAUAUGUGUGUAAGCCGCAUCAAUAGAUUGGAAAAGUACA